CAGCGGCCGGGGCCGGGUGUUUGCAUACAAAGGCGGCUGCACGCGCGCGCACGAACGUUCCUGAGUCCUCUUGGUUCAGACGAUGAAUUACGUAGGGCAGUUGGCCGGCCAGGUGUUUGUGACGGUGAAGGAGCUCUACAAGGGACUGAACCCUGCCACGCUGUCAGGAUGCAUCGACAUCAUUGUUGUCCGCCAGCCCAAUGGCAGUCUGCAGUGCUCCCCGUUCCACGUCCGCUUCGGGAAGAUGGGUGUCCUACGCUCCCGAGAGAAAGUGGUGGACAUAGAAAUCAAUGGGGAGUCUGUGGAUUUGCACAUGAAGUUGGGAGACAACGGAGAAGCAUUUUUUGUUCAAGAGACUGACAAUGAUCAGGAAGUCAUCCCCAUGUACCUAGCCACGUCCCCCAUCCUGUCAGAAGGAGCUUCGAGAAUGGAAAGCCAGCUGAAAAGGAACUCUGUGGACAGAAUCCGGGGCCUGGAUCCCACUUCAGCCGCCCAGGGCCUGCCUCCCAGCGACACCCCAUCCACUGGUUCUCUGGGGAAGAAGAGAAGGAAAAGGAGGAGGAAGGUCCAUUUGGACAAUCUCAAAAGAGACGACAAUGUCAACACAUCUGAGGAUGAGGACAUGUUUCCCAUAGAGAUGAGCUCGGAUGAGGACACAGCACCGAUGGAUGGGAGCAGAGCUCUUCCUAAUGAUGUACCACCAUUCCAAGAUGAUAUUCCUAAGGAAAACCUCCCCUCGAUUUCAACAUAUCCCCAGUCAGCAUCGUACCCCAAUUCAGACAGAGAGUGGUCCCCCAGCCCCAGUCCUUCAGGCUCCCGGCCCUCAACACCAAAAAGUGAUUCUGAGCUGGUCAGUAAGUCUGCAGACAGAUUGAUGCCAAAGAAUAACCUGGAAAUGCUCUGGUUAUGGGGUGAAUUGCCACAGGCUGCAAAGCCAUCAUCUCCGCACAAGAUGAAAGACUCCAGCCCCUUAGGAGGUCGGAAGAUGGCUGAUAAAAUCCACUUCCAGACCAUUCACAGCGAGUCUUCAGACACUUUCAGUGACCAGUCCCCAACAAUGGCCCGGGGGCUGCUCAUCCACCAGAGCAAGGCUCAGACGGAAAUGCAGUUUGUGAAUGAGGAGGACCUUGAGGCCUUGGGGGCCGCAGCCCCACCUUUGUCUGUGGCCGAAGAGCUCAAGGCCCCAGCCUCCAGCACAGCACAGACAUCAAGCAAGUCAGAUUCCCCUUCCAGAAAAAAAGAUAAACGAAGCCGGCACCUCGGAGCUGACGGCGUUUAUCUGGAUGACCUCACAGACAUGGAUCCGGAAGUGGCUGCCCUGUAUUUCCCCAAGAAUGGGGAUCCCGGUGGGCUUCCCAAACAAGCAAGUGACAACGGAGCCAGGUCAGCCAACCAGUCCCCACAGUCGGUGGGUAGCUCGGGCAUUGACAGCGGCGUGGAGAGCACCUCCGACAGCCUGAGGGACCUGCCGUCCAUCGCCAUCUCCCUCUGCGGUGGCCUCAGUGACCACAGAGAGAUCACCAAAGAUGCAUUUUUGGAACAAGCCGUGUCAUAUCAGCAAUUUGCCGACAACCCUGCUAUCAUUGAUGAUCCCAACCUCGUGGUCAAGAUUGGUAAUAAGUACUACAACUGGACAACAGCAGCUCCUCUACUUCUGGCAAUGCAGGCUUUCCAGAAACCUUUGCCAAAGUCUUCGUGCCUCAGUUACCUCCACGUGAUUUUGGACGCCAUUAGGUUUUGCCUUUCUAAAAUUUUCAGCCCACCCACAGCCACUGUGGAAUCCAUCAUGAGAGAUAAGAUGCCCAAAAAGGGAGGGAGAUGGUGGUUUUCCUGGAGAGGAAGAAACGCCACAAUCAAAGAGGAGAGCAAGCCUGAGCAAGGCCUGCCUGGGAAGGGCCACAAUACCGGAGAGCAGCCUGCACAGCUUGGCCUGACCACCAGAAUAAAGCAUGAGUCAUCCUCUAGUGAUGAAGAGCACUCAGCUACCAAGCCAUCGAGCUCGAGCCACCUCUCUCUCUUGUCCAAUGUCAGCUACAAAAAGACCCUGCGGCUCACGUCGGAGCAGCUGAAAAGCUUGAAGUUGAAGAAUGGCCCCAAUGAUGUGGUGUUCAGUGUCACUACCCAGUACCAGGGCACCUGUCGCUGUGAGGGCACCAUCUACCUGUGGAAUUGGGAUGACAAAGUCAUCAUCUCAGAUAUCGAUGGUACCAUCACAAGAUCUGAUACUCUUGGUCACAUAUUGCCCACGCUGGGAAAGGAUUGGACUCACCAGGGCAUCGCAAAGCUGUAUCACAAAGUAAGCCAGAAUGGCUACAAGUUUCUCUAUUGUUCUGCACGUGCCAUUGGGAUGGCAGACAUGACGAGGGGCUAUCUGCACUGGGUCAACGAGAGGGGCACAGUGCUGCCACAGGGGCCGCUUCUGCUCAGCCCCAGCAGCCUCUUCUCCGCCUUGCACAGAGAAGUGAUUGAAAAGAAGCCAGAAAAGUUCAAAGUCCAGUGUUUGACAGACAUCAAAAACCUGUUUUUCCCAAACACAGAGCCCUUCUAUGCUGCUUUUGGGAACCGGCCUGCCGAUGUGUAUUCCUACAAGCAAGUGGGAGUGUCCCUGAAUAGAAUCUUCACCGUCAACCCCAAGGGUGAGCUGGUGCAGGAGCAUGCCAAGACCAACAUCAGCUCGUAUGUGCGGCUCUGCGAAGUGGUCGACCACGUCUUCCCCUUGCUGAAGAGAAGCCAUUCCUGUGACUUCCCCUGUUCAGACACUUUCAGUAACUUCACCUUUUGGAGAGAGCCACUGCCACCCUUUGAAAACCAGGACCUGCAUUCAGCCUCAGCUUGAUUCGACCCAGCAUUAAAGGAUAGGUUGUGGGGACCCUGGAGCUGCUGGGAAGGCUGAUAUGUGGCCAUCCGCCUGAGAGAAGCAUUUCUCCCUCAACUCGCUCGCCCCAGGGUGGCACUUCUAAGCAUGGAGGGCGGAGAGGCUGCAUCUCAUCCCAUAGGCGUCAAGAGGAUUGGGUGCAUUAGCAGUGUGCAAAGCAGCCCUGUCUGGGUUUAGCACACAUCAUCUUGCACCCUCCAGUCCAGUCUGCUCCAGCAGUUAGUUAAUGUGCAAUAUGGGCGAUGGCCCCUUAGCAGAAGCGGCAGGCCACCUGAGAGCUGUCUCAGUAUCACUGUGCCCCAUCCCCUGGAACUCUGAUGUGCACAGUUAUUGGUAGCAUAAGGGGCACAUUUCCACGACGGUGACAUCCAUGACACUUUCCGCACAUAGGGAAGGCUGUGUCCCGAGCCUUAGUGAAGGGAACAUGGGCCUCGCUGGCUCUCAGCCCUGGCCUUGGCUUUGACUUUUUAGACGUUCCCUCGCAGUAUUGCUGGCUUAGUCUCACUUUAGCUGAUAAGCUCUUAAGUUGCUUUGGUUAAAGGUGGCCUGUGACGCAGCUGCAUCUCCCCAUUCCUCAUAGCUCAAUGCUGGGCUAUGUCUGCCUUAACGCAUCUGCAGCAGGCAUGUACUUAGCGUGCACUGUCUAGCUCUCCGUAACUGCAAUGCCUUACCUUACUGUGGGGAGUCCCCGAGGCAGCGUCCGCGACAUCUCAGCACCUCCUGCGUCCUGCUACCCAGCAAGGAGGCGCCACUAGUGUGGACUCGAGCAGCAUUUACGCCAAACGAGAAGGAGGCCGCUAAAGAAACUGGCUGUUUUUUUAAGAAACAUAGUUUCCGGAAGUUAAAUUAUUUUCUUUGCAGAUAAUAUUUAUUACUUUACUGUCCCUGGGCUGCUGUUGUGAGCAUCCUAGCCAGAGCCGUAGGAUUACGGCUGUUAUGAAUGCAUUAAAAGUCAAGUGUGCUAGACAAUCCAAAGAGCCUUGUUCUGUGGAUGCCACACUGAUCUGGAACCUCCCCUUCACUAACUUUUCUUAGUUUUUUUUUUUCCCCCACGCAGUCUAAGGGAAAGAAAAAAACUGUAGUAAUUUGAGCAAUGUUCUUUAAGCGGAUAGAGGGUAGCUGUGAACUGUCUCAGAACAAUGUGAAAAAUGAAACAAGUAUUUUGGUAAAAGAUUUUGCUUUACUUUGAAAGUAUUAUUUUUUUAAACGGUGAUUUACUCCAGAGACUGAAAGACCUUUCUAUUUAAAUUUCGUUGUUAGAGUCAGAGGAGCAAAAAAAGAAAAAAAAAAGGAUAGAAAGAAGAGUUAAAAAGGACAAAAAGGAGCAGGAUGGACUGUUACUCUUUCUGUGAAAGGAAACCUAGAGUCCUUGCCAUUGUAGUCACUGGGCUCUGUUAAGGUCGGAUGUGGCCUACCAUAAUUCACAGGAACGGCCACUGAAAGGCAGCUGCCAUCCACUGCGGGUGUCCACUGACGGAGAAACUCAGACCUGAGUGUGUGGCUCCCUCUAGGUGUCCCACAAGUCAUGAAGCACAGUUCUGCUGUAGGGAGCUCCUGGCUUCUUGUUUACUGACCUUUAGAGGCCACAGUGGGUUGGUUUUGUGUGUAUUUUGAUUGCUGUGGACUGUGUAUGAGCUCAUCAGCCUGCAGAGAGGUUCAAGGCCCUCUCCCUCAUGCCCAGGGGAAGCUUUGGAAUCUCUUCAAGUGCCCUCCGCAGCCAGAUGUCCAGGUAGCUUUCUGUCAGCAUGCUACGACUGGAGCCAGAGUCUCUGUAACCAAGGCUGGUCUGCAGUGCACCAUCUCAGAAUGCAGCAGUCCUUCCACUUGACUUGGGAACCUAGUUCUGAUAUACCUUAAACUUCCCCAUCAGUCUACCCUCCAACAGAGCACACCUACCACAAAACCACACUCUACUUUGUGAAGUUCUUUGGGAGCCCUGGACAGGCAGUGAUGCCAACACCUCCUAUGAGGCUCCCUUGUGAAGGCCAAAUGGUAGCUGCACCCAGGUUCUCUCAAGUCACUUAUCUGCAUAUGCACUAAACCCCAGGGGCCCCAAGGUCCAAUGCUGGGAAACUAUAUGGGUGCCAUACAUUUCAGAGUUGCUCAUGGAAAUGAGCGACUCGCUCCGUAGUGACAUGUCCUCAAAUGCCGAUCACACAGAUGGAGGCGAACUCACCUGGCACACUGCAGAGACAGGCUUCUGUCGUCACAGACACGUCCCCUUUGGACUUCAGGUUCAGAUCACUACUUCAGUAUAUUUUAUUUACAACGUUGGCUGUGUGUUUGCAAAUGCCGGUGUGAUGACGGAAAAGAAAUCAAUGUAAUAUUUUAUUGCGUUGUGCUUGAUGCAGAGCUAGAAAUUUCUGUAAUAAACAAGAUGAGUGAACGACUUCC